AUGCUAGCUACUGGAUCGAGAGCUGAGUUACGUCAUAAUAUCGGGUUCUGGCCAUCCGCGAUGGGAAAAUCGAGAAAACCCGACCGAUCAGGUGCAGAGCUGUCGCGAUGCACAUGUGCGACAGCUGAUUUGUACAAGUGGUCUUCGCUGGGCCCAAUCUUGCUGGGAGCUUGCACACUUGAUACUGAGAUCGCGAUUGUUGCUUUCCGCUUGGAGAAGCUCGAGGCUUUCGUUGAGCACAGCGUGCGACAGUUGCCCGGGCGGCUGUCAGCUCGGUCGCCCGAGGCUCUUCUUACAUCCCGCAGGGACAUUUGUGUGCAGUGUGCAGUGUGCAGUGUUUGUAACGUUCACAUAGAUAUGCUUCCUUCGUCAGUGUAUGGACAAUUGAGUGAUCCGUUGGUACAGGCGGCAGCAGCGGCGCUGGCUUCUGCCGGAACAGAUUCGGUUAUAGGAAGUCGCGAUACGAUGUUUACCAAGAUAUUCGUCGGUGGUCUACCAUAUCAUACUAGCGACAAGACACUUCAUGAAUACUUUGAACAGUUCGGAGAUAUUGAGGAAGCCGUAGUCAUCACCGAUCGUCAAACGCAAAAGAGCAGAGGAUAUGGAUUUGUUACUAUGAAGGAUCGCGCAGCGGCGGAGAGAGCAUGCAAGGAUCCAAAUCCAAUCAUUGAUGGGCGGAAAGCGAAUGUAAAUCUCGCUUAUCUUGGUGCCAAGCCGCGUACGAACGUACAGUUAGCAGCACUGGCGAAUCAAGUACAAUUGCCUCUGCAGACACAGCUACAGGCCCUGUUCCCCACACGUAUCGGACUGCCGCAGCUCUACUACCCGUCCGGCCUGAUCAACCCGCUUCUGGGUGCGGCAGCCGCGCAGAGCCAAGGCGCUGUGGACUACUCCGCACUCGCAGCGGCUGUGGCAAAUGGCCAAGGAGCCGGUGCCUAUGCCAUACCUCAGGCAGGAUCGCGAUUUCAGGUACAAGCAGCCCAGGCGGCCGGAUUAGAUCCCUACGGGUACGCCGCCGCGGCUGGCUACGGUAUCGUUCCCGGAGCUUAUCCGCUACAGUCAGCCCAGCUCGCUGCAGCCCAGCAACAACUUGAACACCAGCGAGUCUAACAAGCUACUUCCAGGAUGCGCUCUUUGUCUUCGUUUAUUGUUGUUGCUUUCUUGAACGUCACCCCUCCAAUCUCAUGUAGCGACUAACAUACCAACAAAUCCAAAGAUAACGAAAAUGUGGUGACGAAUACCAAAAAAUCCUAUCAACACCGCCACGUGUUCCUAAACCCGUACAGAACUAGUCUUGUCUUAGAUAUAGUCGACUAAUCGACACUCGCGAGUAUAUGUUCUAUGUCCAGCCUCAGUUGCCUGAUCAUGUGCCAUCUACUGCAAAAACAAUUAUCUUUUGUCGAAAUUAUUUUCCUCAUAGUCUAUUUUGCUGAGGUCACACGAUGUUCUUCGUGUUAUUAUUCUGAUAGCUCAUAUUAUUGUACACGAAUUUUACAAGCCAUUGAUUUCAAUCUCAAAUAAUUACUUCACAAUAGUAUCGACUAUCAUGUGUCGUUUACAUAGCGUGGG